UACGUAUAGCAGUGGUGGCGUAGAAAGCGCUUGCAUCUUCCACCACGUAUAAUGGCCAGAGCCACCGUAACCGCUUUAUGAUUCUCAAUCAAAAACCAAACACAUCCAUCAAUGAUAACGCUUUCAUUGCUCUUUCUUGUGCCACACUACUCAUCAUUUAUUCAACCUCAAAUUUCCAUAACAAUAAUAUCAUGGGUGCAGAAACUUUUCUUGAAAUCGUAUUGGCCAUUUUUAUACCUCCUGUUGGUGUUUUUCUUCGUUAUGGCUGCGGAGUUGAAUUCUGGAUAGAUCUGGUGCUUACGUUACUUGGAUACUUACCAGGGAUUAUAUAUGCCAUUUAUGUAUUAGUUGUAUGA